AUGAAGGAUCUCCUGGAUGCUGAGGCACGCACAGCGCAGCGCAGACAUUUAGUCAAAGAAGCCUCGAAAGGCUACUUCCAUGACAUGAACAUGACGCGAAAACACGGGGGUAAAACUUGGAUAGCACCCAAAGUUCUCAUUCGAGAGGAUAAAGCAUUAUAUCUCCCGAACAUAAAUGGGAAGAGCCUGCGCGACGGAGCCAAGAUGGACACUACAACAAUGCUCUAUGGCAAAAUAACCGUGCUUGCCAUGUUAGGAACUCAAAUAUCCGAAACACACGCCAAAAGCUUCGCCAAUAGUACAUACGCCCGGUAUUCGAGCAAUCCCCUCUUCCAAUAUGUCCAAAUCAACCUCCAAGAAAAUCUCCUCAAGUCCUUCCUCGUCAAACUCUUCUCCAACUCAUUACGCUCCUCAGUGCCGCUCGAGCUCCAGAAAAACUACCUGGUGUCGAGUCAAAAUAUGGAAUAUCUCCGCGACCCUCUGGGCAUGACAAAUAGCAAGGUCGGCUACGUAUAUCUCAUUGACGAGAACCUCAAAAUUAGAUGGGGAGGCUGCGCAGAUGCUACAUUGAGAGAGGCUCAAUCGCUCGAGAGCUGCACUGGGAUACUUAUCAACCGAUUGGAGGAGAAAGCCAGAUCCUCUGUAGAAGAGAAAGCCGGUGGCACAUCAGAGGAUUUGCCUGUGGAAGAUGCUUCGAUGUCAUCCACUGAGCAGCAGAAGACCCUCAAGUCUUAA